GGGUCACCUUCAAAUUUCAGAAAUUCAAAGUCGCCCACACCCACACCCACACCCACAGCAUGACUUCCUCUUCUCCUCUCCGAUCCUUACAGAACUGGGAACUGAAACAUUGGCGUAUAUUCAUCACAAGCAAAACACGUUUUCUCAGAAUUAUGAGCCUCAAGAUCAUCAAUAAACGCACUCUGGAAAUUUCCAAGCGGAGCUGCUUUUAGUCCAAUCUCGCUCCCAAACACACCAGCUCAGUAACUGAAAUUCUAACAAACACAAAUGAUCAUCCAAAACCCAGCAGCUUCCUUUUGGCGCCAUUGACUCAAAUCUCACCCUGAAAUCAGGUUUCUCUCUCCACACCCACACACAGUAGAACGACGGUUUGAAGCGCGGGAUCCAUGGAUGAAGCUGGACCUUCUGGAUGUGAUAAAACCAGUAUUUUUUGGGAGGCAGCUUUGGAGGGAGAUCUGAGACUACUCAAGCAGUGCGCGGAGGACCUCGACACUGGCGAAGGUUUGGUGGAGACAUUUGAGAGGGUGAGAGAUGGUAGCGGGAGAACGGCGCUUCACAUUGCCGCCGCAGCAGGGAAGACAGAAAUAUGCCAAUAUUUGAUUGAAGGACCCAUUUUUGACGUCGACGUUCUAGAUGAGAAACGUAUUUUUGCUAAUUAUUUGUUUUUCUAUACAUGCCUUUUAUAUUUCCGUGGUUUAUAUAUAGACAGACAGAUACACAGACAUACAUAA